AUGAGUGUAAAACGCAAAAUUGACAUUGAGAACAGGAGUUAUAAAGAAAGUUGGGAGAGUGAUUACUUGAUUGCUAACAAUAAUGGAAAGUUGCAGUGUUUAGUGUGCAUGAAUAUUGUUUCUGUGCCUAAAGAAUAUAAUGUGAGAAGACACUACACAACAAUGCAUGAAAAGAAGUAUGCUACGUAUACAAAUGAAAGUCGGCGUGCGUUAGUUACAGAUUUGAAGAAAAAGCUUAAACAGCAAACUGGUAUGUUUAGUAAAAUAUUGCGAUCUCAAACGCAUUCUUUGCAUGCAUCUUAUGCCGUGUCGCUUGAGCUGGCAAAGGCAAAAAAACCUUUCACUGAUGCCAAUUUAAUUAAAAAAUGUGCCGUUGAAAUGGCCAAAGCUUUUGAAGAUUCCAAAAUGGCGGAGAAAUUUGAAUCAGUGCAACUUUCACAUCAAACCAUACAAAGAAGGGUUGUUGCUAUGGGUGAGCAAGUAGAAAACUCUAUGCUUAGCCUGGUUAAAAAAAGUUCGUAUUUCUCACUUUGUCUGGAUGAAAGCACUGAUCAAUCAGAUGUUAGUCAGCUGUUGAUAUUCGUGCGCACUACUUUUGAAGAUUUUACUAGUAAAGAGGAGCUAAUUGAUAUUUGUCCUCUUUAUGGAACAACAAAAGGAAAAGACGUCUAUGAGGCUCUGAAGAAAACAGUUGACAGAAUUGGAGGCUUUAAUAAAUGUUCAGCCAUAGCUACAGACCCUUAA